AUGAAAUGUAUUAGACGAGCUAUGUCAUCCAUACCACAAUACGAUACAAGACUAUUAAAAGUAAAACCAGAGUCAAUAAUAUUUAGUAAAAAUGGAUCACUACCUCAAAUAACAGAUAAAGAGACAGAAUCAAAUUUACAACAAGCUUCAAAUGAAUUAAAAUUAUUAAACGUAAUUGGGUUCCCCACUGAAACAGUUUAUGGUCUAGGUGGAUCAGCAUUAUCCGACCAAAGUGUACAGUCAAUAUAUAAAGCCAAAAAUAGACCAGCUGAUAAUCCAUUAAUUGUUCAUAUAUCAUCAAUCCAACAACUCAAAUCAAAAUUAUUACCACAAGAUUAUGAAAUACCGCCCAUCUAUGAAAAACUAAUAGCAAAGUUCUGGCCAGGUCCAUUAACUAUACUAUUACCAAAUGAUCCCAAAAAUUCACCAAUAUCAUCAUAUGUAACGGGAAAUCAAGAUACAUUUGCAGUAAGAAUGCCUCAACAUCCAGUAGCAAGAGCUAUUAUAGCGAUAAGUGACUUACCAUUAGCUGCACCAUCAGCAAACUCAUCAACAAAACCAAGUCCUACACUAGCUAAACAUGUAAUGCACGAUCUUCAAGGGAAAAUUCCACUAGUGGUUGAUGGAGGCUCAUGUAACAUUGGAGUUGAAUCUACUGUUGUGGAUGGAUUAAGUUCACCACCCAUGUUAUUACGACCUGGUGGGAUUUCAUUAGAAGAAAUUAAGCUGGUAGGUGGUCCAGAAUGGGAAAAUAUACAGAUAUAUAAGAAAACAGGUGGUGUGGAGGAGAAUGAAAAGGUUAAAACUCCCGGGAUGAAAUAUAAACAUUAUUCACCAAAUGCCAAAGUUAUAUUAUUUAUUAAUUGUGGUGAUGGAUUAAAAGCAAUGCAAGAUUAUAUUGAAAAACACAAACUUAAUCCACAAAACAUAGCAUUAUUAAAGUCAAAACAAUUUAAAGACUUGGAAAAUAUUUCAAUAAUUAAAAAUUUAGGUUUCAAAGGUGAAGAAAUAUCACAAAACUUGUUCAAGUACUUAAGAGAAGUAGAUGAAUUAGAAAUUGAAUAUAUUUUUGUUGAAGGUAUUGAUGAAACUAAUGAAGGUUUAGCUAUUAUGAAUAGAUUAAAUAAAGCUGCUGUUGAUGUUGUAUAUAUGUAA